AUGCUCGCCUCAAGGAUUAGACCUAACAAAUUAGGGCUAGAUAUAGGAGGAACUUUGGUAAAAGUUGCUGCUCUAAAAGGACACACUCAGUUGUGGCGAAACCUCUUACUUGAACAUACUGAUGUUAUCAAGAUUGGAAAGCAUGAAGAAGUGAAAGUUGGGUAUACCAAGUCAGUUACUGAUGUGCUUGAGGCUCUUUCGCGGGUUGAUGUAGGUAGCAAGGUUCAUGUUACUGGAGGCGGUGCUUAUAAAUAUGAUAAAGAAAUCAGAAAUAGCCUGGAUUUUGGGAAUAAAGAUACUGAAGUUGUUAAAGUAUGCGAACUUGGAUCUAUCGCUGAAGGAACAUUAGCACUUAUAGAACAUACAGAUUUGGAUUUGUAUACAUAUAGAACAAAAGAAGGAGCGAUUAUGGCUGGGGAGAAGACUAGGUCUGAAUUUCCUAAACUUAUAGUCAACGUUGGAUCUGGUGCUAGUUACAUCUUAUGAAAAUCAGGCUAUCCUUCUCCUAAUUACACAAGAGUUACAGGAACAAUGGUAUCUGGAGGGACCUUGCUUGGCUUAUCCAAUUUAAUAUACAACAAACAUAUGGAUUAUAGUACAAUGCUUCAGAAGGCUGAUAAAGGAGAUCUUAAGAAUGUUGAUAUCCUUGUUAAAGAUAUUUAUGGCUCAGACUCAGGAUUCCAGAUAGAUGGCGAUAUUGUCGCAGGCACACUUUGCAAAAUACCUGAUCUAGCAAAGGAAGAAAAUGGAAUAGAAAAUAUCAGGAAAGAAGAUGUUCUACACAGUAUUGGGUUCAUGGUAUCAGCAAAUAUUUCACAUAUUGCUGUAUUGUCAGCCCAAUUACAUAAAUCAAAACAAAUAAUCUUUACUGGGAAUUUUGGUGCUGGAAAUGAUCAUCUUAUGGACUCACUCACAUUUGGGGUUGAUUUCCACUCUCAAGGAUAUAAAGUCCCUGGGUCUGAGAAGGGAGGUAUCCCAUGAUACUUCCUAGAUAAAGCAGGAUACUCUGGAGCAAUCAGUUGUCUUCUGAAAGAAUAA